AAUAUAGGUAAUAAUUAUUAAAUAAAAAAAAUAACAACUUGUCUUUUAUUUAAAGCACUUAUUAAUAAUGCAUUAUUAAUAUAUUAUUGUUAUUAUUAUUCCUAAAUUAUAGUUUAAUAUAUUAAUUAUAAAUAAACACCAACAAAUAAAAAAAGCAAAAUUAAAUUAAUAAUUAUUUACUAUAGGUAUAUUUAUUCAUAUUUCGUAUAAUUUUUCGAUUCUCUCGAUAAAUAAUAAUAGUUGAUUAUUCUUAUCAUACGAGCAGACGAUUUUAACUUCGAGUGAUUUUUCGAGAGAUUCACUCGAUUAUGAAAAUGUCUCGAUUACUAAUCAUUCGAUUAUCGAAAUCAUUUGAUUAUGCCCAUCACUAGUUAUAAAUGAUCGUCUGUUUGCUAUGGAAUGGUUCCUAAUAUCUGUUGUAAACGAAUGUUUUCUAUUGUUCUAAACGGUCGUCCGUUCGAUAUUUCAUACGUUCCGAUCGCAAAUGAACGUGUUCAUGAACCUAUACAAAAUAAAAUCUAAACAUAUAUGCUCGAGAACGAACUAUUUAUAAAAAUAGACGCCCUGUUCAUUUAAUGGAAAAUUCGUUAUAAUAGAAUAAAUAAAUAUUGUUGUGUUAGUUAAUUUUGAAUAUUUUUCCAUUACUAUAUAGAAUUUUCUAGAAAACUAAUAUUUAUUGGUUUAAUGACUGGUGAUAUUAAAAUAUAAACUAUUAAAGUAAUUAAGUGAUGAAAAUCUCUUAACUGUUCAUUUACUGAUAAAAUGUUACUUUUUAUUUAUUUGUGUAUUUAAGCAGAUCUCAAUGAAUUCAAUGAAAUGUCUGUUAAGUUUUUAGCGUUAUGAAAAUUAUCUAGCAAUUCAUUUUGUUUAUAAACAAAAUUCAGAAAAAAACCGUUGAGAUCGUUUUAAAACAUGCAAUGAAAAUGAAUGUUUAUAAAUUUUAUUGACAUCGUCAGAGACAGCAUUGCCUUGCCAAUAAAACCGUUUAGUCAUAAGUGAAAUUUCAAUCCAAUGUGACAUUAUGAUCUUAGAGUGACAAUUGAUUUAUGUAGUAAAAUUGUAGAAAGGAGGUUAAAACUAGUAAAAUUGUUGUGUUUGGAUAUAACCUACAUUUUUUUCGGUGCUACAAUGGACACCGUUAAAUUUGUUUUGGGUUUUAUUCUCAGUAUUCUUAUUACUGGAGCAGAUUUAAACUCAGAAUUGAAAAAUAAUAUGAAUAUGAACCCUGAAGACUUAGACACUCAUAAACCAAAAAUAUCAUUGAUAAACCCUAAAAAACAGAAUCAUAAAGAAACUGAAAAUAUUUUUUCUGAGUCUAAAGAAUAUGAAACAUUAAAAAAGUCAAAAAAUCAUGUCAUUUUUCCCGUGGUAAAACGUUUAGAAGAUAUAAAAAUUUUUAAGCCUCAACACAAACGUGUUACAAGACACACUAAUAAUAAUAUUCACGAAGAAUUAUCAGAUAAUUCUGAUCCUCACAUAGAAAUAGUUUUAGAUUUAUUACCCACACAAGAUGAAAAAAAUAGCUAUUAUGAAGAUAGUCAAUAUUAUGAUGACUAUAAAGAAAAAAAUUUUAACGGUCUUGUUGAAGAUAAAAACUUAAACAUAGAAAUUGAAACUAAUUCUAAACCCGUGACAAGGUCCCGCAGUGAAUCGCAAGAGCGAAAGCGUUGUGUUAAAAAAUGUGAUGACAAUAUUGAUACAAAGUUAAAAUUACAAAGUAGGUUAAUACCACAAGAAAGUACUAUCAAAACUGUUGAGAAUAAAGAAAAAAAAAUAAUGGAAUGUGAUAAUUGCAAGAUUUUACAAAACAUCGAACAACCAUAUAACAGCGAAAAUAAUAUUGAAUUAAAAAAUGACAAAGAUAAAAAAAUUGAUAAUGUUUUAUACAACAUUAUUGAAGAAUUACGUAAUUCCAAGCAAUUAGUGACCUCAAAAAAUCAAAGAAAAUUAUUAAAAUUAAAAAACCCAUCUUCUCAAGAUCAAAUUACUAAAAACGAUCCGAACAGCUCCUCGGAAGAAGCUAUGACACUAAAGUUUGAAAAAGCCAAGAAGAAAAAUGUAAUAGAUGUGUUAGAUUCAGAUCCAGAAAAUACAUAUAUCAAUAGAAAGUUAGCGGGGAAAUACAUUUCAGAAAAAAACGUAAAUGUCAGUAAAAAGUCGAAUAUACAGCAGAAUAAUAAUGAAGAAUUUAAUAAUCUUUUAAAAAAACAAAAAAGUCCUGGAUUUUCGAGAGAAAGUAAUAUAUUACCAGUCCAAGAAAUUUAUAACAAUGAAAACUUAUCUAGCCCCUCUUUUGAUGAUCAAUAUCAUGAGAAUGACCAAAAUUCAAUAGAAAAUAAUAGAUUUUUACAAAACCGUUACUAUAAAAAUAUUUUAAGUUCAACGUCGAUUAAAAAUGUAACAGAAAUAGAAAGUGACACAUACAUAUCUCCAAAACAACAAUUGAUAAACGCUACAAAAAAUAAAUCUAAAAUAAUCAAUAAUAAUGGCAUUAUAUCAAAUCAAUCAAGUCGUAUAUCUAAAAAUAAUUAUAAUGAUGAAUAUCCAUUAUUUGUAUCAAAUAGAAGAACACCUAUUUUACCUGAUGAAUUGUUUGCGUAUGAUUAUAAAAAUCCAAGCUCAGAAGUGGACGACUUUCCAGCGAAUUCCCAUUCUAAUGACGAAAAUGGUCAAAGUGAACAAUAUUUUGUUAGAAAUGUAAAUGAUCAAGUUUCAAAUUAUAAAAAAAAUUUAGAAAAUGGUAAAAAUGUAUAUGUCAAUGUUAUUAAAAGAAAAUCGCCUGACUUAUUAGAUAAUUACAAUAAUAAUAAAUAUGAUGAAUAUAUUAAACCUACAACAUGGGAUAAAAUGUCAGUGAACAAAAAGAAUAACGAAUAUGAACCAGUUAAGCUUCUCAAAGAAUUUAUGUCAUUAGUUAAUGAUAACGGAUCGAAUGAAAAAUAUUUAAAAAAAAAAGAAUUUAAUAAAUUAUUGAAAAACAAAAAUAAAAUUUCAAGUUAUAAUAAGUCAAAAAAAAAUGAUACGCCAUCAGAUUUAACAACAAAUUAUUUAUUUUUAUCUGAACGAAACAAAAUGUUAGGAGAUAGUAAUAUGUUAGAUUAUAAUAAUAAUGAGGAAGAUCAAACGAAUGCAGCUCCGAUAGAGACUAGAAUAAAUAAAGAGAAAUCUUUCAUUCCUUUCAAGGCAAACCCUUUAUUAAAAAUAAAAUCAAAAGAACGUAUCGUAACAAAUAGCAAUACUAAUUUGAAGAAACCAUCGAUCGUUGAUUUAUUUGUGCCCAAACAAGAAAAAAAUUUUUCUCACACAAAAACAACACAAUCAUCUAAGCAACCUCAAUUACUAAGUGAGACCUCUGAAACUGUAAAUAACUCUCAAAAUCUAAAAAACAUUAUUUCUCAGUUUAAACGUCAAUUAAAAAAAAAUAAAAAUGGUAGUACAUCUAAUGAAAACCCAUCAGUUUUACAACACGUCGAAACAGUAAAAAUCAGUAAUAAUAAAUCGAAUAAAUCACCUCAAGAGUUUUCUGAAGAUUCUUCAAUUUUAAAAAAUAACAAAAUACUAAGUCCAGAUUCAGAAACACAAGUUUCAUUAGCGUCAAAUACUGAUGUAGAAGAUACAAAUUCUGAAUCAAACAUAACUAUGACAACAGAAAAAUACCUUAUCCAAAAAAAAAAGAAAGAUAUGCAAUCUAAGAAAUCUUGGCGAAAUAUUUGGUCAACUACGCCUUCUUCUGUAUUACAAAAGAAACUUCAAGAGAGCAAUGUUAACUUAACAUCACAUUUUCCACAAAAAUCAAAAAUUUCUGAUAUAAAACCUAUUUUACAAAACAUUCUUAACUUCAAAAAAACCAUAAAGAAAGUUGAUGAAAAUUAUAAUACAUUAACUACUGAAACUCCAAUAUCAUUUAAUAAGUUCACUAACAAAGUUUCAUCACCAUUAAUACCAACACCACAAAAUGAUUUUAAAAUACCAAAAAAAACUAAUUUUAUAUUAAAAUCUUUAUUACCAAAUAAACAUGAUUCUAACAUAGAUAAAAGUACGGAAGAAGAAAUUGGAGUAAAUAACGGUUCUAUUUUGAGAAAGAUAUCCAAUAAAAAUUUAAAAUCUAUAAACACUCCAAAUAUAAAGAAAAGUAAGAUAUCAACAUCAACAACUACAUCAUCUCCAUUAUCACAUGAAGAAUCUCGUAGUAAUGACAAAUUAAAAGUUAAAAUAUUAGCAAGACCACAACCAAAUGUAUUAAAAAAAUUAAAAUCUGAUGCAUAUCCAAAUUAUUCAAGCGAUAAAGAAAACAUUACUGUCAAAAAAAAUAUUCUUACCAUAAAAGAACCAUUUAUAAAAAAUAGAAAUAAUGAAAAAAACAAAACAAUAACUAAUAUUUUACAAAGAAAAAAUACUCCCCAGCUAUUAAAUACACUAAAAGAUAAUAGUAAAAAAAUAGAAAAAUCGUCAAAAAAUAUGAAUUUACCAUCUAAAUCUGAUGAAUAUAAUAAAGAUAUAAAUAUUAACAAGAAAAUAAUAACCAAAAACCUUAACAUAAAUUAUUUGGCGAAUUAUCCACAGGAUGUCCGAAAGUCACUCGGAAAUCCGAUUAAAGAAAACUCAAACAAACAGUCGAAUCCUUUAACGAAAUCAAUUGAUAAAAAAAAUUCAAUGGAUAAAAUUAGUACGCUAACCAAAAAAACUGAAAGAGAUGAUUUAUUAUUUUUGAACAAUGGCCAAAAAAAUACUAAAAAUAAAAAUAAAUUGAUUUUAUUACCAAAAACUGUUGAGGAUAACGAUAGUACAGAAAAAUUGUUUUCAAAUAUGGCCUUAUCUAACCUGCAUAAUGAUAAUCAACAAACUUUCCAACGUUCGAAUGAUGACGACAGUAUUAAUGAAUCAGAAUUAAAGCAUAAUAUUGAUAAUGAAGGUAACUUUGAAGAGUCAUCUGAAAUAAUAGAUGCAAAAAUGUCAAAUAAUGAUGAUAUCACUGAACAAAUGGCAAAUGAAAAUGAUCAAAUAGUUUUUUCAGAGUCCAUUAAUGAUGGAUCUGAAGAUAUUAGUUUGUCAGAACCUUUAGAUAAAGAUGAUAUAAACGAAAAAUCCACUCCAAGAAAACUCGACGAUAUUAACUCUCAAUUUUUAAAAACGCAUCCAAGUACUUAUUUUGAAAAGAAUAUGUUGAAGAAAGGUCUUAAGCCAAAAUUGGAAGUACCUUAUUUAAAUGAGCCAAAUGUAGAAGAUGAUCAAACGUUGUAUGAUGAAGAUUAUCUAAAGCCAAUUAGAAUCGAUAAACUUUCAGAAAAAUUCACGAAAAAUAUAGAAGAACAACCAUUUAUUCAACCAUUAACUCGGCAAUCGUUUUUGGAAAAUCAGCGUAACAUCGGAUCAUCAGAAACCAUAAGCGACUCAAACUAUGAUAAUUCAGAAUAUAAUUGGCUAAAUUUCAAUGAGGUCUUAAAACAAAAUAAUAUUGAAUCAAAUGGUUUACUAAACAAUCCUACACCUAUUCCUUAUAUAAGAAGCAAAGGAAAUGAUAAAGUCCCAAAUGACAAAAAUGCUUGUGAAAGGAGAUUUGAAAUAUUACCAAAAGUUAAAGUAUUUGAUGGCGAGUUUAAAAUUCCAUUAAUUAGUCAAAAAGAUUGUGAUGAAAAUAAUUCAGAGUACAUUUCUGAUGUUUUUGUUCCUGUUGAAAAAUCAAAUGGACAAUAUUCGGCAUUAUCACUUAGUAAAUUAUUAAAAGGCGACUUUCGUUUAAUCAACGAAUCAAGUGAUGAUUCAAUUAAUAAAAAUCCAGUACAAAAAAACUUUAAUAAUUUGAACAUGAAUGAAUUGCUGAGUAGUACUAAUUAUAUAGUUAACAAACAAGCACUUAAUUCUAUACAACCUAUUUUGACUCGAGUUUUACAUGAUGAUAAUAAAGAAAGAGAUUCAGAAAUACCUAUUCGUAUUAUACAGAUCAUUAAUAAUGGUUUUUAUUUAGGUAAAACAAAUAGCACUAAAGAAAAUCUAUCAAAUGAAGAAAAUAAUAAUGAAGAUAUAAUUUAUCCAGUUAACUCAGGCAUUAACAUAGAUAGCCCGGAAAUUAAAACUUAUAUUCAAAAUUUCCAAAAAGAUCCAAAUUUAGAAAUUUCAAAGAAUCAGGCUGAUCAGAAAAUUGCAGACAUUUCUAUGAAAGAAACCCCACAAAACAUAGUCAAAUUUAGAGGGUCUGAUGAGAAUGCAGAAGAUCGGGCAAAGGAAAAUAUACUCACUGAUAAACGAUUAGAAGAGUUAAAUGUAACACCAGAUUACUGUUCAAUGUGUCGUGAAUCAAAAGAACACGCUAAACAUAUGCACAUGGAAUCUGAUAAUUUAGAAAUAGGAAAUAAAGGUAACGAGAAUAGUUUCCGUAAAAUUGAAUCAGAAAAUAGACAAAACUUAUAUAAUGACUUACCAAGAAAUCAAGAAGUAGAAGAAGAUUUCAGAGCUAAAGACAAUUUUAAUAACUACCAGGAUCCAUAUGAUAAUCCAGAAGUAAGUGAACGAGUAAAAAUGCUCACCGAUAUGAUUGUAGCAAUAAAAAACAUAACAAGCGACCCUAUCACAAAUUUCAAAGAUAUUCCUUAAGAACAACAAUACUUGUUGACAUUAAGUUUUCAAUUUCUACUAUUUUAUAUAUUUUUAUAACAGUUUAAAAUAGUUAAUAAUAUUUAUUAUGGAAAUAACAUGUUACUAAUUAAAUUGUAAUUUAACUCGUAAACAUAUUUUAUAUUUGAAAAGAUUGAUUUUUGAUAUGAAGCAGUAAAAUUCAAUUUUUUAUUUAAGACUGUAAUACUUACUAUGAGUGUAUGUAUUUUUCUUCUGUAAUUAUUUUUAUAUUUAAUUUAAUAUACAUAUAUAUUUUUUAUUAAAAAAUUGUACAUGUAAUUAAAAAUAAUAGUUUAUUUUAAAUUCAUUAGGUAAGUUAUAUUGUGAAACUAAUUUUAUGAAUUUUAAUUCUGUAAGCGUUAUAUUUAUAUGUAUCUAAAUCCAUAGCCAUAUUCAGACUUAAUGCAAGAGAUGUACCAGUAACUCGACUAAGGAAACUUUGAGCAUAUUCUCCUCCCAUCAUCACUAUAUUUUUUUAAAUAUAUGACUUGUAUACAUCAGAGGUUUAUAUGCACAUAAUAUUGUACAUUCAAGCCCUUCCAAAUGUUUUUUUUUUAAUAGGAUUUAAUCCGUGUUAAUUUAAAUUAUA